CACUGAGGGUAUUUUUUUUAGUUAUUCUUCCAUUGGUAGGAUUUUAAUGCAGCUCUUUCUCUCCCCGUUGUUAUUAUAUGCAUAGGAAAAGAAGGAAAGCUAGUGCUGGUGACUGUGGACAGUUUACUUAACCACUGCAACGCUCAGUUUUGCGAUAUGUCAACUUGAGAGAUACUUGUACGUAGGUCCCAGAGCUGUCCUGACGGUUAAAGGAGGUGACAACAUGAGGUUUCUGGCACAGAGCACUCGGGAGGACGUUGCUGGAGCCCACAAAGCUCUUUCAUAUGCUUAGGUGAUCUAGCUGAGCAGGCCACGCUCCUGCCUGCUCCCCAGUGGUGCUUGGGGUCGGGCACAGAGCGAAGACUCUCCCUGCUGAUGAGCUUUCGGUGCCUCCAGAUGAGCUCCCACAUCACCCUCAGAUAAUCCUGUAAAUCAAUCACACAGAACGCACCCUGCAGUCUCGGUGGCUCAGCCCAUAGAGGUUAAGUUGCGAAGUCCAGUGGUGUGUUACAAGCACGUGACAAAUAACAAAUGGGAAAUGAUCUUCAUUGGUUAGCGUGUGCCUUGUAUGUGGCUUGCAGAAAAUCUGUGCCAACUGUAAGCAAAGGGACAGUUGAAGGAAACUACGUAUCUUUAACUCGACUCCUGCGCUGUUCAGAGCAGAGUUUAAUUGAGUUUUUUAACAAGAUGAAGAAGUGGGAAGAAAUGGCAAACCUACCCCAACAUUUCAGAGAGCGCACUGAGAGACUGGAAAGGAACUUCACUGUGUCUGCUGUGGUUUUUAAGAAAUACGAGCCCAUUUUCCAGGAAAUUUUUAAAUAUCCUCAGGAGGAGCAGCCUCGUCAACCACGAGGAAGAAAGCAGCGGCGACAGCCCUGUACUGCGUCUGAAGUUUUCCAUUUUUGUUGGGUGCUUUUCAUAUAUGCAAAAGGUAAUUUCCCCAUGAUUAGUGACGAUUUGGUCAAUUCUUACCACCUUCUGCUGUGUGCUUUGGACUUAGUCUAUGGAAACGCCGUUCAGUGCUCCAAUCGUAAAGAACUUCUGAACCCCGGUUUUAAAGGCCUGUCUGAAGAUUUCCAGGCUAAAGACUUUAAACCUCCCCAAGCCCCGCCUUGUGUCAUCGAGAAGCUCUGCUCUUUACACGACGGCCUAGUUUUGGAAGCAAAAGGAAUAAAGGAGCAUUUCUGGAAGCCCUACAUAAGGAAGCUUUGUGAGAAAAAGCUCCUUAGAGGGAAAGAAGAGAAUCUUACUGGGUUUUUAGAGCCUGGCAACUUUGGAGAGAAUUUUAAAGCCAUCAGUAAGGCCUAUGAGGAGUACGUUUUAUCUGUUGGGAACUUAGAUGAGAGGGUAUUUCUUGGAGAGGAUGCUGAAGAGGAGAUUGGGACGCUCUGCAGGUGUCUGAGUGUCGGUUCAGGAGCAGAGAACAGCGGAAGGGCGCAGGUGAAGAACAUCUUGCAGCAGCAGUACGACAAGGCCAAAGCACUUAGAAUCUCCACCCCACUGGCCGGCGUGCGGCACACGAGGGACGGCAGCCCUUGUGUGACCCCGGGUUCGACAGCUGCACACAGCGUGGGCCGGCUCCACACCCUGCUGGUGGGCCUGCGGGGAGUACCUGGGGGGAAGCUGCAGCGGAUCCUGCGGACAUGUUCUAGAGAUCCAACCCAGGCUAUUGCCAACAGACUGAAAGAAAUGUCUGAACUGUAUUCUCAGCGUUCCCAGCCGGAUGAGGAUGCCAGUAACGCUGCCAAAGAGGUUGCCAGCAGACAGUUUCGUAUUGCAGAGAUGCUUUACUACAAAGUGUUAGAGACUGUCAUCGAGCAGGAACAGAGACGACUGGGAGACAUGGAUUUAUCUAAUAUUCUGGAACAAGAUGCAUUCCACAAAUCACUCAUGGCCUGCUGCCUGGAGGUUGUCACUUUUUCUUAUAAGCCACCUGGGAAUUUUCCAUAUAUUACGGAAGUAUUUGAUGUGCCGUUUUAUCACUUUUACAAGGUGAUAGAAGUGUUCAUCAGAGCGGAAGAAGGCCUCUGCAGAGAGGUGGUUAAACACCUCAACCAGAUCGAAGAACAGAUCUUGGACCAUUUGGCAUGGAAGUCAGAGUCCCCGCUCUGGGACAGGAUUAGAGACAAUGACAACAGAGUCCCUACGUGUGAAGAGGUCAUGCCCCCUCAUAACCUGGAAAGAGCAGACGAACACGUGUGCGUGGCUGGUACCCCUCUGAACCCCAGAAGAGUGAGUGAGGUUCGGGCGGACGCUGGAGCACUUGGAAGAAGUGGCGGGCGGCACAGCCCACCCACGCUCAGCUCCACCAGAAGGCGGCUGUUCGUGGACGACGGCAGCCCCUCUGACAGAGGGGCACCGGUGCGCGCGCCCCCGCAGCCCCUCGUCAGUGCUGUCCCUGUGCCGAAUGUGCCUGGGGAGGCCGUUCCUGUCACACCAGUUCCCGGGCAGACUUUGGUCACCAUGGCAACAGCCACUGUCACAGCCAACAAUGGACAAACUGUGACCAUUCCUGUCCAAGGUAUCGCCAAUGAAAACGGAGGGAUCACGUUCUUCCCCGUCCAAGUCAACGUGGGGGGACAGGCACAAGCCGUGACCGGCUCCCUCCAGCCCCUCAGUGCGCAAGCCCUGGCUGGAAACCUGAGCUCUCAGCAGGUGACAGGAGCAACCCUGCAGGUCUCAGGUCCGGUGGCCAUUCAGCAGGUCUCCUCCAGUGGACAGCAGCAGAAACCAGGGCCGCUUCCCAGCAGCAGCGGCGUGAGACCCCGGAAGACCAGCUCGUUGUCGCUGUUCCUGAGAAAGGUUUACCACUUAGCGGGGAUCCGCCUGCGGGAUCUCUGUAUUAAGCUGGAUAUUUCAGACACACUGAGGAAGAAAAUCUGGACCUGCUUUGAGUUCUCCAUAGUGCAGUGUCCUGAACUGAUGAUGGACAGACACCUGGACCAGCUGUUACUGUGCGCCAUUUACGUGAUGGCGAAAGUCACGAAAGAUGACAAGUCCUUCCAGAACAUCAUGCGCUGUUACAGGACUCAGCCGCAGGCUCGGAGCCAGAUCUACAGAAGUGUUCUGAUAAAGGGGAGAAAGAAGAGGAGGGACUCCGGCGGCAGCGACAGCAGGAGCCAUCAGAACUCUCCGACAGAGCAGAAAGACAGGGCCAGCAGAGACUCCAGCCCUGUCAUGCGGUCCAGCAGCACCCUGCCUGUCCCGCAGCCCAGCAGCGCGCCGCCAACACCGACCCGCCUCACGGGCGCCAACAGCGACAUGGAGGAGGAGGAGAGGGGUGACCUCAUCCAGUUCUACAACAACAUCUACAUAAAGCAGAUCAAGUCAUUUGCCAUAAAGUACUCCCAGGCAAACAUAGCGGAGGCCCCCCCGCUCUCCCCCUACCCGUUCGUAAGAACGGGCUCCCCUCGCCGUGUCCAGCUGUCUCACCGUCACCCUGUCUACGUUUCCCCACAUAAAAGUGAAACGACGCUUUCUCCUCGAGAAAAGAUUUUCUACUACUUCAGCAAUAGUCCUGCAAAGAGACUAAGAGAGAUUAACAGCAUGAUACGGACUGGAGAAACUCCAACCAAAAAGAGAGGGAUCGUUUUGGAAGAUGGAAGUGAAUCGCCUGCCAAAAGAAUUUGCCCGGAAAAUCACUCUGCCUUAAUCCGCCGUCUCCAAGACGUAGCUAAUGACCGAGGUGCCCACUGAGCUCCUGAACCUAAGACGGAUGAUGCCUGGCCACUGAUCCUUGAAACCAGUUCUGGCCAUGGAAACUGACCUUGGAAUUCUUUCUCCUUAAGCCCUAAAGAAAUGAUUCUUACCCUUUGCUCACCCCUGACCAAUCAGCUCCCAGCUCAGCACCCAAGAUCCCAGCAUUCUUUCUCAAGCCCUAUAGAAAUGAUUUCUUACCCUUUGCUCACCCCUGACCAAUCAGCUCGCAGCUCAGCACCCAAGAUCUCAGCAUUCUUUCUCAAGCCCUAUAGAAAUGAUUUCUUACCCUUUGCUCACCCCUGACCAAUCAGCUCUCAGCUCAGCACCCAAGAUCCCAGCAUUCUUUCUCAAGCCCUAUAGAAAUGAUUUCUUACCCUUUGCUCACCCCUGACCAAGUCAGCUCGCAGCUCAGCACCCAAGAUCCCAGCAUUCUUUCUCAAGCCCUAAAGAAAUGAUUCUUACUCUUUGCUCACCCCUGACCAAUCAGCUCCCAGCUCAGCACCCAAGAUCCCAGCAUUCUUUCUCAAGCCCUAAAGAAAUGAUUCUUACCCUUUGCUCACCCCUGACCAAUCAGCUCCCAGCUCAGCACCCAAGAUCUCAGCAUUCUUUCUCAAGCCCUAAAGAAAUGAUUUCUUACUCUUUGCUCACCAAUCAGCUCCCAGCUCUGCACCCAACCUCUACCCAUGUGGUUUUGUGAUUUUGCUCUAUCGAUUCUGUAACCCAGGCCACGGAGGCUGUUCUUCCAGAGCUCGGGCUGGCCCACCUCCCAACUGGCCGAUUCUAAUAAACUGAUCAAUACUUUUCUUUAC